UUUGUUUCUUCCUCAUCUCUCCCUCUCCUUUGUACCAUAGUGGCCAGAGGGGAGGCUCCUGAUUGUUUCCCCCCCUACCACCCACGUCGUUAUCUUGAUGCUGGGCCAAGCGCCACCCUCCCCUCUCCACCUCCUCCUCCUCACACUUCGCCCACUCUUCUCUUAGAGUCUGCGCCACCAGUGAUCACAUCAUGAUAGACCAUCUCCUCGGUCGGCCCUCGACCAGCCUCAAGAGGUUGCAGGUGCUGGCAGUCUUGGCUUUCUGGGGGGCAGUGCUGAAAAGGAGCCCAAGAGAGGGACCAGCUAGAUCCAAGUGGAUCAGAUGGGCAAAUAAGAGGAUGGGUCGCUACUCGCCAUGGAAGGUGGUUCUGUCCACCCUCAUGUGUCUCUAUGCCUUCCGUCAUGUCGACGCCGUCUUUGGCUUUGGAGCCCCCGAACCUCUAGCCGCAAUGUACUCGCGCUCCUUCUACCGCGUCACCUGGAUCGUCACCGCCCUCGACGCCGGCUUUGCCACGGCCAUGAAUGUCAGGCCAAUAUGGCUGAGAGACCUGCUCAGCGUCAUCUUCUCUGCUUACUACAUUGUCUUUGCUAACGAGGCUGAUGAGAAGCUGAGGAGGUACAGGGCAUUCUGUACCCUCGAUAUGAUGCGGUAUACCUGGGAGAAGACGUCUAAUAACCCCUAUGUACGCCUCGCGACUUGGUUCCACAGACCUUCUCUACCUAUUGCAAGGCCGAUUCUACUCCCUCGCCCUACUGUAGGGGCUCACUCAAAAAGACCCAUCAAUGCUUGGCUCUUCUAUGCCAGUGGCAAGGAGGCAGAGCUUGCCAAGGAGGAAGAGCUCUACCUCGAUUUCCCUGGCGGUGGAUUCAUCUGCAUGAGUCCUCGCGACCACGAGGAGCGGCUGAGACAGCUGGCAAAGGAGAUGGAAAGACCGGUAUUGGCAAUCGAUUACUGCAAGGCGCCGGAGUAUCCAUACCCCUUUGCACUCGAGGAGUGUUUCGACGUCUAUCGUACGCUGAUAGAGACACGAGGAAAGGCCAUUGGCAUGUCAGGCAGCUCUCGCUUCCGCAUGAUCCUGUCUGGUGAUUCUGCCGGCGGUAAUUUGGCUACUGGGGUGAUGCUCAAGAUCCUCGAGUAUCCUCAACCACACAUCAAGUCUGCCUUUGCUGCUCUGAGCGGAUCCCCUAAACCACCGCCCCUUCCCAAGCCCCUCUGUAUGAUCCUCGCGUACCCCAGCUUGAACUUCUCGUUCACGGCGUGGAUGCAGCCAGAUCAUUUGCGUGUGCUCAAGGCACAGAGCGAAGUCAAUCUACAGAAUUUGCAGAUGCAAGCAGCCCAGGCUGAAGAGGAUAGCAAAGCUGGGAGGAAGGGCAGCCCUCUGCGGCCACGAUCACGUAGUCGCUCUCGUCAGAGCAGCUCGGCAAGUCUUUCUGGUAUUCGAGCCGAGCAGACACAGAAGGCUCUGCAAGAGCAGCGGCAACAGCAACAGCAAGACAAGUCGCGAGCCCGCACCUCUCAGCCACCAAAAGGCCGACCUCCUACGUCUUCGGUGGACAAGAGCUAUACCUCCCUCGCGAACCAAGCUCAGCUUCAUCUCGCCGAGCGGGCUCGAUUUGCCGAUGCCGAGCCGGCUUCAGACGACAAUGCAUCGCCUCUUCCUACGCCUCAGUAUACGACGGCAGCCGAUACCCAGGAUCGCGAGAAUCUCGCGUGGCAGUCGGAUUUGUGGUAUGCAGCUAGCGAAGAUGAGGAGCGACAGCGGCAGCUUGCUGCCAGUCAGCAGAAAGCAGACGCAGAGCGCAGUGAGAGGCGCAAGAAGACUUCUACUGGCGGUACAAGGUUGACGAUGACUUCCAUGGCUGGGUACUUCCAAGAUCGGAUCCUGACACAAUCCAUGAUGCGAUCGAUGGCCUUGCUUUAUGUUGGUCCACGUCGGCAGCCGGACUUUGACAAGGACUACUUACUCUCCCCCAUUGUAGCUCCCGCCAAGCUUCUGGCCGAAUUCCCUCCGGUUCUGUUCAUCUGCGGUGAAAAGGAUCCGAUCUGUGACGACACAGUCGUAUUCGCUGGGCGGAUCAGGGAGGCGAAGCUCGCCAAACAGGCCGAGAUCAAGUCUCGUCGAGCAGGUGCAUCGGCUAGAUUUGGAGAAGGGCUGAGGAUGAGCGUGGGCGGUCCAUCGAGGCAGGGUGGUGCAGCAGAAGCCGAAGCCGCGGCGGUGGAUCCGAUUGAGGAAGAGGAUGUCGAGGACUGGGUACAGAUGAGGAUCAUUGCCUCUGUCAGUCAUGGCUUGCUGCAAAUGGUGGCGCUGUGGCCCGAAGCCAAGCACAUCAUCAGCUUCAUCUCUGCCUGGUCCGUGGAGACUUUCGAGGAGGAGGAAGAUCGCCUCUUUGAGCUGAGGCAGCAACAAGAGGCGAGUCGACCAACAAAGGCUCAAACGCUGCCUGUGCCUAGUGGACGAGGACACGAUGGCUCGGCGAGGCAAGGUCGUCAGGGUGCUGCUGCAGGUGCACAAAGGACGUCGAAGCUAGACGCCAAUGGACAAGCAUUGGACGGCGGCGUCAUUGCAGACGAGGAAGACGACGACGAGCCGCUCUCCUUUACACCAAAGAGGAUGCGUUCCCCUUCUGUACAGUCUCCUCGAUCCCCUGCUGGCGAUCAUCCAGCGACAUUCGGAGGUGCUGCCGCGGCAGCUGGGUCCAGCUCCUCUGCACGCUCUCCACAGUGGACCGGUCACGGCAAUGGCAGUGCGGGACCACCAAAGGGUCCUCUACAGCUGCCGGCCAUUGCAGCUCUCAAGGGUGAACCGCCUGGUGUAGGAGCGAGCGGUGGGCAGGGCACAGCACCUAGUAUCGACAAACAGCAAGGUGGCGGUAGCGGCAGCGGCACCAGCGGCAGUCCCAGCAGUAAUGGCAAUGAGGGUAGGACGCCCUCUGCCAGGUCAACAACUGCUCCUCCCGGUGCCGCCACGACGUCCAGUCGCAAUCGCCCAAGUUCCUUUAGCGAUGUACGUGCCACGAGAGCGCAUCUCGCCUCAGCUGCCGGGCUACGACCUCCACCUGCCGAGCUGGAAGCAAGUGCGGGCACUAGCGCUGCGGACGGAGGGGUUCGUCGCUCCUCCUUUGGCGGGAUCAGUCGAUCUCGCUCCCCCAUCGGAGGUGGUGGCGGGGUCAAUGGCUCUUCCCACGGAGGAGGAGGUGGUGCAGCAGGUGCAGCAGGCAGUGGCAGUACUACAGCUCGCGGCACGGGUGUAGGCCUAGGAGCAGAAAAGGGUACAAUGGACUCAAGGACGCGUGCUUUGCUCAUUAAUGAGGAGUCGCUCCUCCAGAGGAGGAGGGACGAGGCGAUUCUGGGCUUGCAACAGGGUGGCGGCGGUGGUGGUGGGGGGCCCAAUGGCAACGGGAAUGGCAGUAGUGCUACUGGUGGUAGUGCAAGUGGACAGAAUACAGAGCGAGGCAGAGGGCAAAGUGGCAGUCGCAAUCGCACUCGCACCCAGAGUCAAGCUCAUGCUCAAAGUCGAGGUCGCGGUCGAGGUAGACGUGGGCAGACAGGGGGUGCUGCUGCAGGCGUCGAUGCUGCAGCAGGAGGAGGGGGAGGGAGCGCGAUUGGCUCUAGUAGUGAGGAAGAGGAGGAGGGAUCGGAAGAGGACGACCAGGAAGAGGAAGGAGAGGGGGAGGAGGAGCGAUCCUAUGAAUCUACCCUUGAUGGAGAUCGAGAUGGUGAGGAAGGGGAGGGAGAUUCGCUUGAUGGAGCAGGAGCGGUUGCAGGUGCAGGUGCAGGGGUGGGCUCAGCAGCGAGUAGAGGUAGGAAGAGGGGGUGAGGGCUUUCAUGCACACACGCAUUCAACCUAGGCCAAGUCCAAGUCACGAUCCGAGCAAGUCCAAUUCGGCCCUUUACCUCUUCCCCUGUAUACUUGGAGCGGAAGACUUAUGUCCUUGAGAUUGCAUAUUCGAUACCAUUUUUUCAAGAAAACUCAAGCCCGAAACAACGUGGUGCAUGAUCGCCCCCCCCCCCCCCCCUCUCCC